AUGGAAGCAACCAAGACCAUUAAUCUUACUGAACUUGAGACUGCCAUCGAAGACGCCUGGACUGAGAACAAAGUUCCCUUCUUCUUCGACACCCAGGGAAAUGCUGAGAUCUUCUUCAAGUAUAAGGCCAAUCUGGUCGAGCUCAGCAGAAUGCAGGUCGCCCUUGCAGCUGAAGAGACCACAGUUGAUGAUGUCAAGGAGAAAAUGAGAGCUCAACUCGUCUACUCAUUGAAAGCAGGUGAUGCAUAUGUGAUCUUUCUUGACAAACUUAUGGGCAAGUUUGAGGAUUAUUAUGAUGAAGAGUGCAUCCCAAAAGAGCUUUUUGACCCAACUGAGAUUGUCAAACCAGAGAUCUACAAAAAGAUACUUAAGGAAGAUGAGGAUGUGGACAACUUCGGAAACAAAGGAGGAUUCUACCACCAAGAAACAUUCAGAGUUGUUGUCCUUAGCACCAGAACUCCAGAUUCCGAGGACAACUCAGACAUUGCUGAGCAUCUCGAGCCAGAAAAGUUCGAGUUCAUCAAGAUUGAAUAA